UUACAAUGAAAUCAUCGAAGCAGUCCUCAGUAGAUUCUUCCCUAUGAAGCUUUUCAGACUAAAAGUUGAAUGUCUCACUGACUGAUUUGACACAAAUGCAGUUAGAUUGUGUCUGAUUUGGGAGCACUGGCAGGGGUGGAGGUGCAUGCUUCUGCAGUGGUCUCUCUGUGCAUCUGCUGUGCACAUGGCUCAGAGGAGGGCUGCAGGUGGCUGCUGCUGCUGCUGCUCCCGGGCUCCCCUGAACGAAGACAACGCUCGUUUCUGUCUGCUGGCCAGCCUCAUCUUUCUCUACUUGCUGUGCGGAGCGGCCAUCUUCUCGGCUCUGGAGCAUCCCUUCGAAGUGCGUGCCCGGCUCCUCUGGAAACAGCAGCUGGAGAACUUUACCAGGCGGUACCGUGUCAACCUGGGUGCCCUACACACACUGCUGCGGCAAUAUGAGCAGGCGAAUGGAGCCGGGAUCAGAGUGGACACACUAAGGCCACGCUGGGACUUUUCUGGAGCCUUCUACUUUGUAGCGACAGUUGUCUCUACUAUUGGUUUUGGGAUGACCACACCAGCGACCAUUGCUGGAAAGAUAUUCCUCAUCUUCUAUGGCCUCAUCGGCUGUGCAGCCACCAUCCUAUUCUUUAACCUAUUCCUGGAAAGGAUCAUCACCAUGUUGGCAUACAUUAUGCGUUGGUGUCAUGAGCGGCGGCUAAGGUGUGGAGGAGCCGGUGUGAUGUCAAGCAGAGAGGAGUCAUCUGAAGAGGAGGACAGCCUGGAAGGCUGGAAACCGUCAGUCUAUUACGUCAUGCUGAUUCUGGGACUUGCAUCUGUCCUGAUUGCCUGCAGUGCCUCUACCCUCUACAGCUCCAUGGAGAACUGGAGCUACGUGGACUCUCUCUACUUUUGCUUUGUGGCGUUCAGCACCAUCGGCUUUGGAGACCUUGUGAGCAGUCAGAGAGAGCGCUACGAAUCUCAAGGCGCCUACCGACUUGGGAACUGCCUUUUCAUCUUAAUGGGAGUCUGUUGCAUAUACUCUCUUUUCAAUGUCAUUUCCAUCAUCAUCAAGCAAACUCUUAACUGGAUCUUGAGUAAGCUAGUCUGCUCAGGGCAAUGUAAGCUCUCUUCCUGCCCCUGCCUUCGAAUCAAAAACCAAAACCAGAGGCGUCCAGUUGCCCGCCGCGUGAAGCGCAACGCCGUGCAGCCCGUCACCACCCAGUGCCCCGUAGGCAGACAGCACUACAUGGAUGGGUCUGUGGAAACUGUCUGUGACAGUGAGACGGAUGCUGGCGCAGGGGCAGAAGUACAGCUGGGGCGCCGUCUAUCUGGAGAGAUGAUAUCUGUGAAUGAGUUCAUGGUGUCUAAUAAGGUGUCUCUGGCACUGCUGCAGAAGCAGCUGAGUGAAACCGCUCACCAAGGGCCACGGCAGAGCUACGGGCACCAAAACGGAUUCUCUGGUGGGGUGGGGGCUUUGGGGAUUAUGAACAAUCGCCUACAGGAAACCAGUGUGGACAGAUAGCAUCCUUUCUAGCUUCUUAGAGAAUCAUUAGCUCGCCCUACCUGUGUUGCAAAACCAAAUUAUGUGACUCCUGACUGUUUUUGUCCAAACUGCUGUAGAUUAGCUCAUUACUGAAAGCAGCAGACCUCAUAAACUCUGCAACAGUAUAAGGGAUUAUUUUAUUUGCAAAGGUAAGGAAAAAGGAGAAAAAAGAAGACUUAAAAGGAGGAGGGGUCUGAUUUCCUGAAGUGACUGACUCAUACCAAAGCAAUCAAGCUAAAGAAGUGUUGAAGGACCACUUAAAGGAGGCUGCUGAUUUGAAGAAUGCUGCACAUGUUGCUCAACCUCAUAAAACAGAUAUCAGGCUGUAGUAUAUAUCAGUGUAUGUAUAAACAUGGCAUCCAAAAGGCUUCUUAGUUAGUGGUUAUGUAAAACAACUAAGUGUGACCUAUAUUUAAACAACUA